AUGGCUACAGCCUCGGCCUUAUUGAGAUGUCGGCUUAUUUGUUUUAUUAACGAGCCUUACGACCUCCUCAUUUUAAGUCUGGCUGCUCGUCUGCAUGUAAACUGCUUUGGAGAAUUACGACUCUGGGCAACUCGAGCUAAAUGCCAUAAUGUUGCUACAGCAAUCCCCAGUCUUAAUCAGUAUGUUGAACAAGUCUUAUCACAGUCUCUCUCUUGCCCCGUAAGAUCCGUCUGCUCUCUCACUGGUUCGAGUAUUUCACUCGACCCCUGCCACCCCAUCUGUGCAACUCGAAGCGUUAUUCGCCCUCCCCUGCGUCUAACGGACACUGAGUUCUGGCACGCGCAGUUGGACAAACUGACACGGAUUUCCCUCAGUAACGGGUACCUUAAACAAAAUGUAGAGGAAUCAGGACGGCCAGAACUGGAUUUUCCUGCUCUCAUCAGAACUAAGCCAUCAAUUACGACAAUUACUAAGGCAAUGGAAUAUCAAGGUGAUAACAGGAUAGACGCGGAGGAGACUGGAGCUAGUUGGCUGACAGUAGGUUUUACAGGAGACGUAGUCCAUAGUCAAUCACUCUGUAACUCUUCGACUCAAGAGAAAUCGACCAUAUGCCAACGGACGGAGCCUGAUGUGAUAGUAGGAGAGAAGAUCUGCAGCCGAAGUGCUUCUGGAUUUUCUUUUUCCAAGACGAUGGAUCCUAAUGUUUUUGCCAUUAUGUCAUAUAACCAAGCCCAGAUGACACUAGAUAAGGAGCCUAAUCUCCCAUCUGUGAUUUACCGACCGGCUCAGGCUUCACCAGCCACUCAUGCUUGUUUAGACGAGAGGCCUUGCGACAAUUUGGCAUCCAUCGCUUCUUCUCCAGGUGGCACUGUUUGGCAGUAUGGCCAGAACAAUUCUUCACCCUGCUCCUCACCUACCGAAUUGCCUGAGGGCUUCACUAAAAAUCAGCGUGAAAUAGCUCAGAUUGAAACACAAUCCCGAGCCUCGAUAAACGAUGUAAGUUUUCAGAGUAAUGUUUUGAUCACAGUGUAA